AUGGGUGUCAAACAAAUUUCAAGGCAACCUAAUGAUAACGUUGAUGAAUGGACUCAAAAAGAUUUCUUUUUACCCAAGGAAUUGCAGGAAAACAUUAUUUUGUACCAUAUGGUACCUGGGCAUGCACCAAAGUUUAAAACAUUAACGUCAAGUUUUGCAAAGAAUGUGAGUAAUGAUAUUGAUUCUAAAUUAUUUGAACAAAAGCAUUUUCUUACGCUUGCAAAUUCGAUAGAUGAAAAGCAUGAAACUGCUGCUUACAUUAAAAAUAUUCCAUAUAAUUUUCAACUGGUAUAUCGAACAUGUAGUCCUGGUAGUUUUUCUAUUGAUAAUAUUUAA